AUGAAAUAACAAAAUGCUUAUCAGCUGAAUGUCAAAUUCUGUGAGUGAGAGUCAUAUGUUUUACAUCUGAAAACGUAGAACAAGUUCAGUGAGGAUCAAGGUUUCAUUGAAAUUGCACACUAUAAAGACCAUGGUUAUCCUAAAAUACAGAGGACUUUGUGCACCUGUGUUCACCGUUUUCAGAAAUGAUAUGACAGUUGAUGUAGGUGUAAUUCCAAAAUAUGCGAAAUUCCUCUCUGACUGUGGAGUUGACGGAGUUCUGGUACAUGGAACAUCUGGAGAAGGCAUGUCAAUGACAGUGUCAGAACGGAAAUCAAUUGUCGAAGAAUGGGCAAAAGCUGUGAAAUCUACCAAGCAACACCUGAUGGUCCAGGUUGGUGGAUGUCCACUACCAGAUAUUUUGGAUUUGGCAAAACACGCCGAGCAUAUCGGAGCUGAUUCAAUCCUUUGUCUUCCUGAACUGUAUUUCAAACCAUCUACAGCAAAACAACUUAUAAGUUACUUGAAAGUUGUAGGAGAAGCUGCACCGAAAACUCCUCUUUUGUAUUAUCACAUACCUGCCUGGACAGGAGUGAAUAUAAAUAUGGCACAAUUUAUGAAUGAAGCAGCCAAAGAACUUCCCACGUUUCAAGGAAUCAAAUACACUUCUAAUGAUUUGGAUGGAGGUGCCGCUGCUCUGAAAGCAAAUGAUGGAAAAUAUGCUGUUUUCUUGGGAGCAGAUACGUUGGUAGCAGGGGCAGCUGUUAUGGGAUUUGACUCUAUUAUUGCAACUACACUGAACUUUAUUCCACAACUUGCAUCUAAUAUAAUGAAGGCAGUGAACGAGUCAAGAAUUGAUGAAGCUCGAAAAUUACAAAAUAAAUUAUCUGCUGCCUGUGCUGUUAUCACGAAAGAUGGUGCAUGGGUCCCAACAAUGAAAAUCGCAAUGGGUUUGAUAACUUCUAUCGACGUAGGUAAAGCUAGACCUCCUCUCGAUAAUCUGACUGAAGAGCAACAAACUGAAAUGAAGAACUCACUGAAAGCUUUAUCCAUUCUUUGAAGAUAGCCUUGAAUAAUAUCGCUGUAUAUUUAUGGACACUGAAAAACAGAUUAGAUGUCAAAUAAAAUUCAUUUAUAUAAGUAA